AUGCUUCCUGGAGAAAGGUGGGUAGAUGUCACUGUUCAUUUACAGUGUGAGAAAACUCCUCUCUUCCCUUAGCCUCUCUGUUAUCUUUUGACCUUUAAAUGGUCCCUACUCCCUUCCCACAUAACCUCAGGAAUAUUUUCUCUCGUUAACAUACACGAGAAGAAGAAUUUAAACAUAAUCGCAACUGGAAGACGCCAUUGGAGUAUGAUGUGACCCAUAAAAAGAAAAAUGAAUUGAAGCUUAGAAAUCCUUCUAGCUAAUUGGGUUUUCCUUUAUCAAAAGCAGUAUCAAAACAGAGUUACUGGCUUAAAAAGAAACUAUUGGUAUGCGUCGGUAUUUCCUAUAGUUUUCACAAGAGAGCCUUUAAAAAAGACUCCUAAAACCAUUUGUGCCAUUUUUCAUCUCUAAUCUCCUAUUUCGAUUAAUUCUGCUGCGCACUGUCUCUGCUAUUAGUCAGAACUCACAAUUCUCAAUCUAAGAAACACUGAUCUUUAUUUCUUCUCCUUCCGCUAGGUACCGUUUCAUAAGCACACUAAAAAAGGCAUCAACAAGAUCUGAUUAUCGAAACCUUGUCAUCAGACACACUAAACAGUUCAGUAAUAUUCAUAACAACAGGCAGUUCCUCCCUUGGCAUCGCUGGUAUUUGUUGCAGAUGGAGAACAUUCUGCGUAAAGUGGACCCAAUCGUGACGGUGCCCUAUUGGGACUGGAGUCUAUGGUCCGGGGCACCCUGGUUGGAUAAGGUACCUAUCAGUGAUUCUCUGAUGAAAUAUCUGGAAAAAGUCAGACAGCAAUCAUCAAUUUACUACUUUGCCCCUGCGAUUUAGCAAGAAACUCACGCCACGCUCUCAACUGAUCAGUCGCAAACAAAACUAAUUGACCAUUGAUUGCUAUCCUUUUCACGCGCUUUAUAUAUUUCAUGUGUCUACUUUGAGUCCCAUUGGUCCCAGUUGCCUCCCUCUGACUAAGUAUAGUGAUAAUCUUCCGAUAUAGUUCUACAAAACUUCAGUCGGAAUUCGCUUUUUACGUUUUAUAAUCACUCUUUGCCGCGGCCACAAAGCUUGUAAUGGUGAACGUAAAAUCGUGGUAAGUGGAGGAAGGAACGAGAGGGGAAUAAGGCGAGCAGUGUCGCCCUUUCCUAGAACCUUGCAGGUUUUCGCUUUCCUGUUUUUACACUCUUGGGGAAAACUGCACUGAAGAGGAUUCAAUUUCUCGAUUAGGACACUUCUUUCAUUGCUUUCUCGAGUUGGUAACUUAGCAAAACUGCAUAACAACACUACAUAACUCUAAUUUUUCGAGCCUUGGAAAAUCUUGUUUUCCUAACUCUUUUCGUUUUGAUGACACAAUUACCAAUUUCCAGGUUAUGAGCACGUGGAGCAAUGCACCAUGGGGCUUAGGAAGCAAUGGUGGAAGAGAUGGUUGUGUGUACAGCGGACCCUUUGGAAAACGGCAUUUUACGCUGACAAGCGGAGGAUGCCUCAAGAGAAAUUUCAAUGGUAAUUUUUAAUGCUUUUGUCAGCUAAAAUUUCUCCUCAGAAAGUUUAUGGAUUAUAGAUGUUUCUGAAGUUGUUAAAAGACGCAAUACAAAAACUCAAAAUGUUUGUUGGAAAGAAGAGUGUGUUGGGUUCUUUUAGCCCGGGCUAAAUUGUAUCUAGAACUGAAAAGUUGCCGCUUUUCUAUUGAAAAAAAUCGUGGUAUAAAUAACGACACUAGCUGCGCAACUUUUUGGUUUUUUUCUUAAUCGCGUCACAGAAAUCUUCAAAAAGCAAAGCGUGUUCAGAGGUUACAAGUAUCUUAUAACUCAACAGGUAAUCCCCCAGACUGCAUAGCAGUUCAUAAAUGCCUGCGCAUCCUCUCCAACAAGUUCACCGACUUCGAAAUGACACUCCGGGACACCUUGCACAACAACAUGCAUUGUAGGAUUGGUGGGAGAGGCGGGACCAUGUGCAGCAGGCAGUCAGCCAAUGCCCCAGAAUUCCUCUUGCACCACGCAUUCACCGACAAACUCUGGUCUGAUUGGCAGAAGAAGGGAACCCGAUACAAAAAUGCUUACUUUCCAGGGACCAUUUAUCUCUACGGAGUGUCCCCCCGGCUCAGGCCUCUGAACUUGAUGGAUCUGUCCAGACAGCCCGGAGGGGUUUGCGUAACCUAUGACGACCCUCCUCAUGAGAACUACAAAUUAUGUCACGAGCAACUUGCCAGUCUAAGCUUAGCAGAGAUUGACGCUAUUCCCAGACAGAAGUUCACACGGCUUAGUAGUCUGGAGUUCGACUUGUUCAUGACAAGGAAGAGGGAGAAGGCGCAAGUAAACAGAGAAAUGAACGACCUUGAACCCAAGCACGUCUUGUCGAAAAGCACCAAGUUAAAUUCUCAGGACAAUCAAUUGGGCUUCAAGGCAGAGGAUGUCAAAGAAGCUAUAAAAAGAAAGAAGAAGAAGAGAGAAGAAAUAAUCAUGAAAUCAAAUUUCCAUUAGCCGACAGAAAAUCUGAACAUCAUUGACUACAGAACGUCCUAUGAAGGGACUGUCAUUCAAGUGGGAUUAGCUCUUUGUGUAACAGACUCCAUAUAAAGCCCCAUUUUUAUAUCCUCUAACAGAGCAAUACUGAAGAAAAAAGAAACAUGAUGGUUUCUGUAUGUGCACAUUAAGACAUGAAUCAGUCC